AUGGGGGGCGUAACGAUGAUUAACCGGUGGAAUUAUCUGUUGAUCAACGGAAUGUCGAAUGCAUUCACUGGCUGGGGUGGUGAAGAUGACGAUUUUGCGUUACGCCACGGGUUAGCCAACGUGACCCGGAAUCAGGUGUCUGACGAUAUAGGACGCUUUUAUAGCCUGGAACAUUCAGACGACCGCGUCUAUGACACGGAACGUUUUUCUAAGCUGGAACCUCCUGAAGUUCGCAAUAGGAUGCUUCGAGAUGGUCUUAUGCAAGUCACCUAUACCCUUCUGAAUGUUCGCGAGUAUCCACUUUACACACUUUAUCGGUUUGAUUUGUAG